GAAUUCUCCUUUUUGAGACUCUAACAGCCAAACCCACCAUUUCCACUGGCGGGAAAUAUAACCCCAAAAUAUCAUAUUUUUACAGAACAAGAAACCCAUUUCCCUCCAAACCCUUCAAAACCCAUCCUCCAAUCUUCUUCCUUUCCGAGCUCUGAGAUUCUCAGAUUCAGACCCUUUUGAGCUCUGCUUGAUAUUCUUUUUUUUUUUCUUUUUCGAAAUGGAGGUUGUAAUCGAUGGAAAUGACGGUGAUAUCCAGAAGAAAUUUGACGGUCAAGAUCGACCGAAGAAGACCCAGAAGCGGAAAAGGGUUAGUUUGGCCACAGAGAAGCUGGGUAAGGAGGAAAAAGAGGCAAAGGUCGAAGCUUUGCGGAUGGAGCUUGAUGGGUUGUUUGGGUAUUACAAGGAAGUAUUGGGUCAGAGACAGAUUGGGGUUUUGGAUCUAAAUUUGUGUCGUAAUGGUGUGAAUGCUGUUGUUGCGUCGUUAAUGGAGGAGAGAGAUCUCCCUCUGUCUAAACUCGUGGAUGAGAUCUACUCUCGGGUUAAGAGCCUUAAUGAAGCUGUUUUUGAGGGUUUAACGGUGGCGACUGUGAAGAGUACUGUGCUGUUUGUUGGUCAGAGGAUGAUGUACGGCGUUCCUAAUGCCGAUGCUGAUGUGUUGGAAGACCAGUCUGAGUCCUGUCUUUGGUGUUGGGAGACAAGGGAUCUUAAGCUGAUGCCACAAUCUGUGCGUGGAGUGUUGACAAUUAGGCGGACUUGUCGAAAAAGAAUCCAUGAGAGAAUAACUGCUGUUUCUGAAAUGAUUGUGGCUUUACAGAAAUCCGAGGAAGAUCAGAAUUGCAAAACUGAGCUAAGAAAGGCUUUGGAGAAGCUUGGUAAAGCUUGCAAUGAGGCUGAAAUUCGGUUGUUGGUUAAUGGCAUGAUGGAAAAAAGUGGUGCAGACCUGGCUGGCAAGGAAGCAAAACGAGAAGAAAAAAUGCUAAUCAAGCAACUGGAGAGAGAGAAGAAGGAGGCUGAAAAAGAGAAGAAAAGAUUGGAGAAAGAGCUUUUGAAGGAGAAAUUGCAUAAUGAAAAGGAGCAAAAGCGGCUGCAAGAGGAGGCAGAGAAGGAUGAGAAGCGUCGUGAAAGGGAAGAAUUAGAGAUGAAGAAACAGUUGAAGAAGCAGCAAGAAGAAGCUGAGAAAGACCAAAAACGUCGGGAGAGGGAAGAAGCUGAGCUGAAAAAGCAACUUGCUAUACAGAAGCAAGCUUCUAUUAUGGAGCGUUUUCUCAAGAAAAGCAAAAUAAGUCCAUUGCAAGCUGAAAAAUCUUCUCCUAAAAUAGCAACUGCUGUAGUAACAUUGGAUGAAAAGAUUGAAAAAGUCCCCGAGGCAGUAACCCAGUUAAUGGAUUGUACCCUUUCCUUAAAGGAAGAUGUUAACAUUGAUGAAUUAUGCAAGCUACACUUUUCUUCUUGGCGCCGCUUAGGCGAUUUGAUUCGUUCAAAUAGAAACCAACAUUGGGGUUUACGUCAAAAGCCUAAGGCUGAACUAGUUAAAGAACUUAAGCUCACCACCUCAACUAGACCGCAUAUUGUGGUGUUAGAUGAGUCAAAUGAAGAGAAACUGGAAAUUGGGUGCGGAGAAUGUGUUUCUGAUGACAGAUUAUGUCAGCUCAAUGCAAGUUGUUCUCUUUCUGAUGUCAAGAAGUUCAUUAGGAGAAAGCAGUUGUUACAAUUUGACAAGAGCCACAGGCCAGCAUUUUAUGGUAUAUGGCCCAGUAAAAGUUGUGUUGUUGGACCACGACACCCUCUUACAAAGGACCCAGAAUUGGAUUAUGACAUAGACAGUGAUGAAGAGUGGGAGGAGGAGGAUCCUGGGGAAAGCCUUUCAGAUUGUGAAAAAGAUGAUGAUGCCGAAAGUUUAGAGGGAUGCUCCAAAACUGAGGAUGGAGAUGAUAGCGAGGAUGAGUUUUUCGUACCUGAUGGUUAUCUUUCAGAUAAUGAGGGAGUUCAAGUGGACAGGAUGGAAAUUGAUGCCACAGGUGAUGAGGAUAAAGGCUCACCUGGUUUAGAAAAUGAGGAAUUUCGUGCUUUGCUUCGGCAGCAAAAGUAUUUGAGCAAUUUGACUGAUCAUGCUCUCCGGAAAAAUCAGCCUUUGAUUAUUACCAACUUGAUGCAUGAGAAAAACUCGUUGUUAACUGCUGAAGAUCUCACUGGUACACCUAGGAUGGAACAAAUGUGCUUGCAAGUCCUUAGUUUGCGAUUAUUUCCUGGUGGUUCACCUGUAGAGAUCUCUCUUGAGAAUGCGGAAGACAACGAUCUAGAAGCUUCUCCCUCAAGUGGCAAGGGAAGAACAACACCAACGCCAACUGUGGUUGCCUUAUCAGAUUCCGAUAUGCGUACAUUUGUGUCUACUAUUCAGUCGUGCUCGCAGGGUAUCUUUAAAUUAGUGGAACUUUUGCAGCAGAAGUUCCCUUCUUCCUCAAAGACUCAGUUAAGGAAUAAAGUGCGUGAGAUAUCUGAAUUCAUGGAUAAUCACUGGCAGGUGAAGAAAGAAGUGUUGAACAAACUUGGGUUAUCACCAGAAGAAAAGAGUACCAGAAGGACCAAAAGCAUUGCCACUUUUUUCUCGAAAAGGUGUUUGCCACCUGCUGGUAAAGUCGUCAACCCAAGCGAAACCUCGCCUCAGGCGACUCUGAAAACAAAUUUCGCCGUGGAGGAGGGGCAUCAGAGUUGCACAUAGAAGAAGAAGAUGGAGUCCAGUCCACCAACACCAAGUUCUGGUAAUAAAAGAUGAUAUAAAUAUACCUCUGCCCCUUUUGUAUUAUUACCAAAUGUCACAUUUUGGAUGUGCAGAGGACAUAACAUGACACUCCAAAUCAAAGUGUGAAAGUGUGAUUGCUAUUUUUUGAAUGAAAAGAUGAUAAAAGUUGUAAUAGAGAAUAGGUAUGGGGGGUGAUAUUUGCAGUCGAGUCUAGUAGUGUGCUGUUAUUUUCUUUUUUAUAUCAAUGACAUGAAAGUGGUUCAACUUUUAGAGUGAUGGGGUUUUCUUACCAUGGAAGAAAAGUCUAUUUCUUUAGUUUUCUAUUACUUUACUUCUGUAUGGUCCACACCUAAUGUUCAGCUAUAAAUGUUGAAUGAGAGGAAUAAGAGUCUAUAAAGAGUAAUAAUUACUACCCAGAAAUGGUUGCCCUGUGUUUUUAGUGCAAUUAAGUAAUGUUUGAAAUUCACAAAUGACUUGUAACUUUAAUUGUUAUAAUGUAUUUAGAGUACCAACCCAAAGUCGGUCAUUAUUAUUGGAUUCUAUUCUAUAACUAAA